ACUGUAAUGCAGUUUGCCUGAAAUCCCUAAGACUAGCAUCCCAUUUUCCUCUGCAGCUGGUGAAAACGCAUUUAUUGCUUUUUUUAAAAAAAUAUUUUGCUCAAUAAAAUAGAUCACGAUGACCAUCACGCAGAUAGAUCAAGGACAGCGGUACAGGCCAAGAAUGGCAUUCUUGAAAAAGUUGGAGGUUUUGUUGGUAGAAAUGCAAGAUCCACAAUCUGGCAUCAAAACACAAAUUCAGAACAUGCCGGAGAGCAGCAUUCCACAUACUGUGGUUGGUUGUGAUAUGCUGCAAUGGAUUGUGAAGCGUUUGGACAUUACCAACGAAGAGGGGCUACAUUUAGGAAGUAUGAUGGUGAAGUGUGGGUACGUCUAUCCUCUUCAGGACCGAAAGAAUCUGAAUCUCAAAGGGGACACCAGUCUUUAUCGAUUCCAGACACCCUACUUUUGGCCAACCCAGCAGUGGGGAGCAGACGAUACAGAUUACGCCAUUUAUCUAGCAAAGAGAAAUAUUAAGAAGAAAGGAGCUCUAGAAGAUUAUGAAAAGGAACAUUAUAACAUAUUGAACAAACGCAUCAACCAUAAGUGGGAUUUCAUUAUUAUGCAGGCCAAGGAGCAGUACAGCGCAGGAAAGGAACGAACGAAAGAAGACCGGUAUACUGUGGAUUAUCAAGAGAAAGCCUACUGGCUGGUGCAACGGGUUCCUCCUGGAAUGGCAGACACACUUGAUUAUGGGCUGGAUAGAGCGAUAGAGCCCUGUGAAAAUAAGGUAAACCAGAAAAAAACAAUUGAAGUAUAUAGGACAGAGAUCAUGUACCUCCAACAGUCCCUCAUGAAGACUGCAACAAAGUCAUCUGUCUCUUUGGGAGGAAUAGUGAAGUACUGUGAACAGUUCUGCUCCAAUGACCCUAUAAUCUCAGGAUGUCUGCCCAGCAAUCCUUGGGUUUCUGAUGAUGUGGAUUUUUGGGAACUCAAUGCAAAACUGGUAGAAAUCCCCACCAAGGCACGGGUGGAGAAAUGGGCCUUAAACUUUAGGGAGCUGAUGAAAGACCCCAAAGGACGUCAGAAUUUCCAGCUGUUCCUGAAGAAGGAGUUUAGUGGGGAGAAUCUGGGAUUUUGGGAAGCUUGUGAAGAUUUGAAGUAUGGAGAUCAAUCCAAAGCGAAAGAAAAAGCAGAAGAAAUUUACAAAACCUUCUUGGCCCCAGGAGCAAGACGUUGGAUUAAUAUUGAUGGCACCACUAUGGCCAUUACAGUCAAAGGCCUCAAAAACCCUCAACGUUAUGUCUUAGAUGCUGCACAGACUCAUAUUUAUAUGCUCAUGAAGAAGGAUUCUUAUGGUCGCUAUUUAAAGUCUCCGGUAUACAAAGAAAUGUUGUCCAAGGCAAUUGUACCACAAGAAGUGGUUAAAAAAAGCUCUUACAAUCCGUUUGCCCACAAGCACCUGCGCUCCAGUCCCAGCCCCAUCCUCUUGAGACAGCUGGAGGAAGAAGCCAAAGCUAAAGAAGCCGCCACCAAUGUGGACAUCACCCAGGUUAUGAGCAAGCUGGAUCGUAGAAGCCAGCUCAAGCAGGAGGCCCCACCUGCUAAAUAGGGCCCUGGCGAUAGUGCUGGAGAGCCCAUGGCAGGAAUAAAAACGCAGAGCCAGGAGGAAAAUGUUGGCUGAAUGUAGGGCUGCAUUUCCUUCCCCUGGCCUGCAGGUGUCAUAAGUGUUUCAUUGUUAGCAAUCUCUCUCUCUCUCUCCCUCCCUCCCCACUUCUCUUCCCCCCCCCCUUGCCUUCCUCCCAUCUACAGUCGGCUGUUGCCAUGACAUCCAGAACAGUGUCCCUUCAUCAGCCCUUGCUGAUGAUAGAAUCUUAGAACACAGGUGGCAAAAAAGUCCUCAUAUGAGAAUGGCAGUGAUGCUUUUCAUAUCGGAUCAGCUCACUUUUACACUGUUUUUUCUAUAAACUCCCCUCCCACAUCUACAAUACACUACAAAGUCUGGAUGCCAUGGCAACCAGCUGCCUGGCCUCUCUAUGCCUGUAAAUAACAAAGAAAAAGGGUCGAACAAUCUUCUUGCAAGACAUCAGCCAGAAAACAGAAUCUUCUUUCCAGAUAUCAAUUAUCUAGUCAUUGCCUAGAGAACAACUCAAGAAUUUGAUAAGGAGCAGACUCUGAGGAAGGAGACUAGUGGAUAUAUUUAAAAGAUGGUACCUAAUGCAAAUUUACUUUGUGAAUGAUUGGUAUCAUUUAACAUCAUUUAAUCAUUUUUUUCUUAUUCAGAAUGGCUCUAUAUUGACCAACAAUGGGCUGUGUUUUACUUUAGUGGGUUUUUACAAUUCUACCAGACAAAUGUAUUUUAUAUUAGACAAUUCAUGACUUGCUGAGUCAAUAUUUCAGAGACAAUUCCUUACCUACAGAGAGAAACAGAAUGAUCAUAGUUGGGAAACAAUCAGCAAGGAAGGGAGUGUCUUCUGAUUUUCUGGCAGCUUUCAAUUCCCUUCCUUCUGAGAACCUGGCAAGGAGUGCUGGAAAUUGUGAUCACAUGAGUGCAGCAGUGCAGGAGUAUGACAGUACUGAGAUAGUCACAACUUUGCCAAAUUUCAAUCCCAUGGGAGUCGUGGGUCCUGGGUUUUGGAUACAUUCUUUAAGUUAGACCAUUUGAUGUACAUUUAUUCAAAAAUUAUUACCUUAUGAUGCACUGUUUUGUGUAAUUAAAGGUUACAAUCAGGACAAGCAGGAGAGUUUUAGAGAUAGCUAGCAAGCUAGUUGGAUGGAUGGAUGGAGGGAGGGAGGGACGGACAGAGAAACAGACAGACAGACAGACUAAAGGAUAUGCUCUCUAAUGGAUGAUUAACAUCCAUCACCAAAUUCCAAAGUUUAAAUACUAUUGGUCAUUCAGGGCAGAAGGGUGACUCCACUUAACCUCAACUAAUGCAAUAAUGGAGUAUAAGAAGAAGCUUUCUAAUGUACGUAUGGGACCAUGCAGUAUCUAUUGGGCUUUUCUGGAAAGGCAGGUUUUUUUGUAAUUUCUGAAUGUAUUAUAUUUAUGGUGGUGUUCUACGUAAUUGAUUUUCCUGCUUAGCAACAGAAAUUUUGAUCCCAAAUGUCAUGACGAAAAUUACCUGUAUAUGCCUGUCAUAGAGGCUUGACUGCCAUGUGUCUCAAAGCAGGCAGAGGUCAAAAGCCCUUGAAAUGAUUGGAAAUGCCAGAAGAAAUGUAUUUCCCCCCCUUGCAUUCACGAUGAGCAACGUCAGCAAAAACGUAAAAGCUUACCCAGCAGAAAGGUGAAGAUGAAUUGCAGGGCUGACCUUUUGUUUAAAUAAUCUAUAGCUAUUAAUCAUAGUCAGUAUGUGCCUGAAAUAUUUCAGUGGUUUAUGAACAACUAAGUGGAAUUGAGGCUCAUACAACUUCUCAGUAUGUUUCAUUUAUUUUCAGGAAGUUAGUUCAGUCACGCAGAUACUAUUUCUAUCAUUUGAUCUAGCUGGGCUUAGGUUGACUUUCAGUUCUGACCCUUUUUUUGUGGUCACUGCUUUUCAUCAUUGGUUGCAAAAUACACAGAACGGUUUGGGAAUCUCUGUGAUAUUGGCAGAACUAGAACACUAUCGUCAAAAAGGCCAUGAGAACAUACCAAGGAUGUGAUCUUAAAACAAUCCGAGGAGUGAUAAUUUCUGUUAGAUCAAAGAAAUCUAAAUGCAGCCCAGCAGCACUGCUGCAAUUUAGGCAGAACUUCCUGAGACUCUCAACUUUGAAAAUGCAACUGUGGAGAUUAAUUAAAAUGUUCUGUCUGUUUAGAAAGGUCAACACUAUAGCUACGCAAUGCACCAAAAUAAUGUUUUGAAAGUCUUUGGGGGUAACUUCAGGGCUCCUUAGAAUCUUUUCAGGGGUUCUUUAGUCAUACAUUAGUUAUUUAGAAAAUGUACAGUAUAUCCUAUGUUUGAAUAUAUUUUAAAGAAGACUAAUAAUAGAUUAUGGCCUCUGGCAUACUAUACUCAUGGGAAUUGCAAGCCACUCCAACAGAGAAUAAAUCAGUCUGCAUUGUUCACAAGCCUUAGGCUGGAAGUCUCAGGCACAAGUGGGAGUCAGCUUGCCCCAAUUAAGAAUAGGGAAGAAACCAAAUUCUAGAGACACAUUCACAAAUACAUAUUCCUGCUGAAGUAGAAGUGUCAAGGAAGGGACAUCCCAGUUUGCAAAAGCUUCUUAGCAGCCUGGUCUUUUUCUAAGGGUUUUAUGCUAGAUUACAAUUGGCUAUUUAUUUAUUUAUUAUUUAUUUGAUUUCUGCAUCACCCAUUUCACUUAAGCGACUCUGCGAGUUUUACAACUUCAUAAUGAAAACACAUGAAUCAAAGCAUAGAUUAAAAACAGGAUUAAGAACAAUGUAAAAUUUACAGGUAAUACAAACCAAAGUGAAAAAUUGAAAAAGCUAAAAGAUUAACAAGGCAGGGAGAGUUUCCUCAAGCCAGCAGCCAUUCCUAAGGCUGUAUCAAGACUAUGUCAGGUCUUUACACUCAUACAGAAACAGCAAUAGUACUUAGACUUAUGUACCACUCCAUAGUGCUUUACAGCACACUCUGAGCGGUUUACAAUGC